UUCUCGAGCUUGGUUUCCGGUAUUUCCAGCUGAGGUACCGCCGCGAAUGGAUGUGGCGAUUCGUGUUCAUAGUUGGUUAUGCGCGAAAUGCGAUGCGCCGCUGUCGUCAUAGGGGUUUCGCCACCGGCUCUUCUCUCUACAUGUAGCAUAUGCAGGAAGGCCCAGACUGGAGAUGCCCUGCCAUCAUCUGCCGAGGGAUUUGGACGUGUUUCAUACCCCAAGUGGUUUGGGGCUGGCUGUCGAUCUCCCGUUCGUCUUGUGGAGUGAGUGAGAGGUGGGCCGCUGUCGUGCAGCCUCGUUGGAAACCGGUCGUAGUCUGUGUACAACGUCGAUCGUUCUUCCUUGCUCCUGACUUCUGGUUUGAGGAUGCUUCAGGCGGCUUACUGGUUCGCUUGAACGCCGGCGUCCAAUAUCAUCUGCUCCCGUUUGGUUUUUCUUGGAUGGCCAUGACGGGUUUUUGGUGUCGUGGGGGUUUGAUACCACCACACCAUGCAUCCAUUGGGACAUGCCUAGCAUGUACGGUCAUGGUUACGAACCACCAUGUCCUACGUAUACUGUUUACUGUGCGUCAGUCCUUGUUUAGCCCUUGUGUGCCGAGUCAUCAAACCAUCGUCCUCCAUUCACACUUGUUCUGGGGCGAUUUGGCUACCAAGGUAACAUCGCAUGCGCAUGGCAUGGCUGUCACUCAUUCCUGCCUUUUCUUUUCAGUUCUUGUAUUCGUCCGCUCCCAGCGGCAUGGCAAAAGUCAGGCGUAACAUGACGACAAGGGGGACUAAUGGGGAACGCACGUGGACUGGGCUCGUGUGAAGUUUUGGCAGGGCUGCUUAGCAGUACUCCACACAACCAACAGCCGCAG